AUGGGUUAUCUUAGUGCAAUGUGUGCCCAAAAAGAAGGCGUGGUUGUGGUGAGAAGCGAGGACAAUGAGCUAUUACCUACAAUGAUCGUCAUGGGUUGGAGGAUUUGUAUUGACUGCCGGAAGUUCAACAAGGAAACGAAGAAAGACCAUUUCCCCUCCCAUUCAUCAUCAUGUUUGAUCGAUUGGUGUAUGUUAUUCAUUUUAUCAGACAUGGUGGAAGACUUCUUAGAAACCUUUAUGGUUGAUGUCACUGUCUCAGGAAUUGUGAAAGGGCAUAGGAUUUCACAAAAGGAAAUAAAGGUGGACAAUGCCAAAGUUGAAGUGAUCGAGAAACUGCCUCCACCCACCACCGUGAAAGCAAAAUCAGCCCUUCGUGAUUGA